CCGUUCUCCUCUUGCUUUGACUGUAGCUGAGUCUCACACCACCGUCUACCAAAAAAUGGUGCUACAAGCAACUAUAAAAUCCUGCCUUUAUAUGGCUAUUUCAUUUUCAGAGCAAACGAGUAAAACCUCUACACCCAAAAUCCAAAUAUACUUUCACCAUGGCUAUCUUGUUGUUCACGUUGUUUACCAUCGCACCCCCACCCCCACCACCACCACCAGCCUUACCCCCUAUUACCCCUCCUCUCACUUCGCCUCCACCUCCCUCCCCCCUUACUCCACCAGCGCUGCCGCCGCCGCUAAAGUUUCCUCCAUUCCCACCUUUCCACCCAUCGCCACCACCACCACCACCACCCCAAACUCUGCAACCACCAGACACCACACCACCACCACCAAGCCGACCACCACUCGUGCCGCUUGCGUUGUUGGGUAUCUUAACUCUAACAGGUGGCCUCUUAGUCUUCUUUGCCAUUGCUCGCUACAACGGGCCUCGUAACGAGGAGAAUCUGGAGAGGUUAUCUCAGCCGGAGAACUCAAACCGAAGGGUACCGGAGCCUUACGAAUUGAGCGAUGUGACUGUGAGGCCUGAAUCUAAUUGGGUUGCAGACCUGCCGGAGCCGAUCAAGAGUCCUGCUCCUGCGGUGAGGGUGUCGGUGUAUAAGUAGUGAAAGAUGGAUUACAAAAAAUUCAGAGCCGCCGCGCAGUUUCAUCAAUCCUUACUUGGGGGGCUACGCUAUUGGGUGGUAGUAGUUUAUAUACUAUUAUGUGCUUGUAUUAUGGAACAAUGUUAAGCGUUUUGGAUGACUGAGUAUUACAACUUUGAUGAGAAUUUUAGUUAUGUAGGCCGACAUCCAUAAUGUCAUUUAAGUUUUUUCCCCCCCUUUAUUGUUUAUUUAAUAAUCGUGUGUUGUGUGAGUGUUUGAGGCAUAGCUGGGAAUCAUA